UGAUUCCGAUUCUUUUGUAUUUCGGGUCUUUUGCCCUCUUUCCACUGCCCUGGCCGCGUGUCAGUAACUAUCUGUCGUUUUUAUUUUUUUACUGUUCAACCCCGGUCUAUUUUUUAAUAAUGAAGAUCUUCAAAGAUAUUUUCUCCGGUGACGAGAUGUUCUCGGACACCUACAAGUUCAAACUCGUUGAUGGCGUCUUGUACGAGGUGUACGGAAAGCUGAUCACACGGAAAGUGGGCGACGUACAGCUUGACGGUGCCAAUCCGUCCGCUGAAGAGGCCAGCGAAGACAAUGAUGAAGCCGUAGAAAGUGGUGUGGACGUAGUGCUCAACCAUCGUCUGAUGGAGACAUAUGCAUUCCCGGAUAAGAAAUCGUUCACUCUGUACCUCAAAGAGUACAUGAAACGGUUAGUGGACAAGAUGGUCGAAAACGGUAGCACUGAGGUGGACGUCUUCAAAACCAAUAUCAACAAAGUUAUGAAAGAUCUGCUCACAAGAUUUAAAGACCUCCAGUUCUUCACAGGCGAAAAUAUGGAUAUUGAAAACGGCAUGGUAGCUAUGCUUGAAUAUAGAGACAUUGGUGAUGACAACGUACCAGUGUUGAUGUUGUUCAAACACGGGCUCGAUGAAGAAAAAUUUUGAACAAAUAUUAUUUGGUUUAAUGAUUCUGUCAUUUUCAAUAUAUUUGCUUAAACAUGAUUCGCUAUACCAACUAUAUUAAGCGAUAUAAACAUAAUUUUUCGAAACAAA